AUGACUCUCAAACAAUUACAACGAAAAUGUAUUGUGGACGAAAAUGGUGAAGAAGUUACAAAUCUGAAUGAAUUGGAGAUCAUUGAUAACAAAAUAUUCGCCAAUGUUUGGCUGAGUAACCAGAUUGCGAUAAUCGAUUGGGAAGAAGGAAGAGUGAUCGAAUGGAUUGAUUUAUCCGAUUUGGUUGGUUGGGUGAAGCUUCCAAGUUCGAAAAGUGAUCAAAUGGACGCAGUAUUGAAUGGAAUUGCAUUCGAUCCAUCUAAUAAUGACAUUUUGAUAACGGGAAAGCUGUGGAAUCGAUUAUUCAAAAUCCAUCUAUUGUUUCUUCUUUCUUUCAUCAAACAUUCAAAUCAAUUUCAAUAA